CUUUCAUUGAAGCGUCACCGGUGGACUGUGGUGAUGGCGAGAUGGGCGGUAUUUAAGCCGACCGGGGGGGCAUUUACUGCCACGUCCGGACCGAAGCGCACAGGCUUGAAUUCAAGAUGCCAAACUGGGGUGGAGGUGCCAAGUGUGCAGCCUGUGAGAAGACGGCGUACCAUGCAGAGGAGAUCCAGUGCAACGGGAGGAGCUUCCAUAAGACUUGUUUCAUCUGCAUGAGCUGCAGAAAAGGGCUGGACAGCACCACUGUUGCAGCGCACGAGUCUGAGAUUUACUGCAAGUCCUGUUACGGCAAGAAAUAUGGGCCAAAAGGCUACGGAUACGGGCAGGGAGCUGGAGCUCUGAGCUCUGACCCUCCGGGAGAUGUUGGCCUGCAGCCUCAAGACUCCAAACAACGACCAGCUUCUUCAAACUCCAAUGACAGUAAAUCUUCCCAGAAGUUUGGAUGUUCAGACCGCUGCCCUCGCUGCUCCAAAGCCGUCUACGCAGCAGAGAAGGUGAUGGGAGCCGGUAAGCCCUGGCAUAAAACCUGUUUCCGCUGCGCCCUGUGUGGUAAAAGUCUGGAGUCGACCACAGUGACCGACAAGGAUGGAGAGCUUUACUGUAAAGUUUGCUACGCCAAAAACUUUGGCCCAAAAGGAUUUGGACUGGGGAACGCCGCCAUGUUGGAGUAACAACAGUUCUGGUUUUAAACUCACAUUCACUGUCUCACUGCAGCUGUUCUAAUGGAGACUCAGCCUCCUCCUUUAUACUGGAUCAUGUCUGUAAUACAUGACUGACGCCAUAUUGGGCAUCAAAAUCCUGGGCAGGUAAAAUAACAGCAGAGUCAGGCAAUAUUUUACGGUCACUGUAAUCUUGAAAAUGUUGCAUAAUACUUAUGGUUCGUGAGUACAAAAUAAAACUAUUUUGUUACCCUAAAA